UAAUAUUUAAGCGGAACUAGCGGGACUGUGGCUAGCGUCCCACCAUUGUGAUAGUUGGCACUUCCUUCCCGGUUGAAUUCGCAUUGAUUUUUAUCAAAAAAUGGGAGAAAAUGUGCAAGGGACGUUUGUGUCUGAGAAAAUUUCCAAAAUAAGAUGGCAAUAUGAAAAUUUUACGGAAGCGAAGAAUUUUUUAACCGGUAGUUGGGAUAACCCGAUAAAUAAAAUAACAUACUGGACAUUUAAAACGAAUUAUGACGAAGAGUCAUACCCUGUAGUCUUGUCGUCAUAUUCAUUUCUUGGGGAUGUAACUGAACUGAAGUUUAUCAGUAAAGAUUUCUUUGUCGCUGCCUCAUCUUUAGGAUCAAUAAGAUUACUGCAAAUUGAUGAGGAUACCUGUACUGAAUUUAAGGAACAUAUGUCAUGGGAGUUUAUACAUAAUUUUAAAACAACAGAUUAUGCCUCUUGCACUGCAUUGUCUACUUUUGAACAAGACAUAGCUUCAGUGGGAGAGGAUGGGAAGCUUAAUCUUCUCACAGCUGCAGAAAAGAAACCAGUUAGGGUUAUUGAAAACGCUGAUAGUUGCUCUAUAUAUUGCGCCGACUUCUUAAAACACAAUGAAGUACUCACGGGAAAUUCCAGAGGGCAUAUGAAAGUUUGGGAUCUGAGAAAUGAUCGAGAUGUGCCCGCCACUACUUUCAUGCUCUCUGAUCAAAUUAAAACAGCAACUACGAGUAUUACCCAUCAUCCUACACAAAGGCAUAUUGUGGUCGCCGGUGGAGAAGACGGCAGUUUAACUGUCUGGGAUUUAAGGCAGAAUACUUAUCCGAUGUCACAACUCAAUGCGCACACCAAGGCCGUUAGCGAGAUAUUAUUCCAUCAAGACAGACCUGACAAUCUGUUUACUUGUUCUGUUAGCGGAGAGUUGUGGCAUUGGAACAAUGCACAAAGUUCGAAACUAAAACUUGAUUCUGCAGACAUGCAUUGGUUGAAUACAAUUAGUGCAAAUGGAAAAGUUAAUGUGAAUUCACUGUGUGCUGCUAUGCACAAACCAAUAAACAGUAUUGAUAUCAACAGAUCGACAUUACUUUUUGGAUGUGACAAUGAAGCUAUAUAUAUUAUAAGAAAUGUACUUAUUUAACAGAGUAAAAUGUGUAUAUAUACAUUAUUUUUGUAACUUUAUUAAACUUAUAAAAUAAACUUGAAAUUGCCAUCUUUUCUA